AUGCCACCAAAGCUACAUCUCGUUCGACAUGCACAGGGUUACCAUAACCUCAGCCCUGAACAUUGGAACCUUCUUGACCCUGAUCUGACCGAACAAGGAAAACAACAAUGUCACGAACUAAGGCGUGAGAUUAUGUUCAGUGACUCUAUUGACUUGGUCGUCGCCUCACCAAUGCGACGGGCUAUUCAUACCGGACUGGAAGCCUUCAGCCAAACAUUUGAAGCCAAACCCUGGAUGAAACUGAUUGCACUCCCGGACCUUCAAGAGAUUAGUGACUUCCCAUGUGAUAUUGGUACCGAGCGCGCCGAUUUGGAAAAAGAGAUGGAGAAAGCAAAUCUUCCGGUGGAUCUGAGCCUCGUCGAAAAUGACUGGACGGACAAGACUGGUCGAUAUGAACCAACAAGAGAGAAAAUUCGAGCCCGAGCUCGUGAUGUUAGAGCUUGGCUCAAAGGUCGCCCGGAAAAGGAGAUUGUCGUUGUCAGCCAUGGAGGUUUCCUACAUUUCCUGACCGAGGACUGGGAAGAUGCAUGUAAAUACGAUGGAACCGGGUGGGCCAAUACAGAGUGUCGAACAUACGAAUUUGUCGCAGACAUUGGUGAGUUCAAUGAGAAAGGCGACGAAGCUCCGAUGCAGGAAACAAAGGAAUCGCGUCAUAUGCGGGGCCAAACCACCCUCUCACCCACAACCAAUGACCAAGAGCUGCUAAGUGGAGAGAUGUUGCUGGGUUGGGCAGACCAAGGCUACCCAAUCGAGUAA